UCAACUAUGCUCAUAGAAGCCUCGAAAGGUGGACACACUGCUGUUGUACAGUUAUUGUUAGAUUACCCAAAUAGUCUGCUAGCAUCUCCACCUCCACCUCCUGACCUUACACAAAUUCCUAAUGCUUCUCUAGAAAGCACUGAGGCACCAAGAGUUCCUCCUCAUGGACUUGCUGUUUUUUCUCCCCAAGAGCCUGAGCAAAAUUCUGUAUCCAAUAAUUCAUACAGCAUACAAGGUCCACGCAUUCAGGAUCUUCUACGCGAGUCUCUACCUAAUUCUUCUCAAUCCGUACCAAAGCAGAAAUCUAUUCAAAGGAAGAAUUCUCUUAUAAAAAAUAACGAGGCCCCCUCCUCCUCAUUCUAUGAAAAUGUUCGUUAUCAUUAUCGUAGCAAAAGCAAUGCUGCAGCACAAGUUAAUUCUUUGUCCAUUCAGGCUGAAACAGGAACACCAAAAUGCUUGGUGGAAAAUGAAUUACCUUCUUCUGUAGUAGUCAGUGGAGGAGGGGGGAAUAUGGAAUCUGAAAUAAUGAGCUCGGAUAUGAAACCUAGUGAAAGGCUUGAACAGUGUAUUAAUUCUAUGAUGAAAAAAGCCGAGAUGCUGCAUCCCAGUCCAGAAGAGCAGAUUUUCCAGAAACAACAAAUUCUUGAAGAAUUGCAACGGGUUGAACGAGAACUUCAAGAAAAAGCUCAAGCACAGCUCUUGUUGACAGCACAACAUCAGCAACAUCAUCAAAACUUACAAGGCCUGGGAACUUUAGUUACAGGAACUCCUACAAUAACUACUCUUUCCAGCAACUCUUCAAAUUCAUUUCCCAAUGUGUCAGGAGCACAUACACAGCAAGUACUCAUUAAUUAUGGUACAGUUCUAGACCUUCAUUCUUUGUCCUCUCUUACAGACAUUUCUUCCAUGUCAAGCCAUUUUCUUCGAUCAGCUGCGAUCACAGCUGCUACAUCAGCUGCUGCUACAUCAACUGCUGCCUCUAUUACAUCGCUUGCUGCUGGUAAUACCCUUACUGUUCCUCAAGCAGUACAUGCUCAGCAAUUUUAUCAACAGCAACAAAAAGCUCUCCAGCAGCAAUCUGUAAUUACAACGACCACACCAGCUGCUGAAUAUUGCAAGUCUCGCGUUGGUAAACCAGCAAAACAAGCUAAAACAGCAGUCAUGAAACAAGUAUUACAACAACAGCCUUUCCAGAUGCAGUCAAGCCAGUUGCAGAAUGAGACAAUUGACCCACAAGAUCAUUUUGAAGAAAUCAAUUUGAGAAAUAUUGUUUUCAGUGAACAGCAACAACAACAACAGCAGCAGCAGCAACAACAACAACAACAACAGCAGCAGCAGCAGCAGCAGCAACAACAACAGCAGCGGGAACAACAACAACAGCAGCAGCAAAUGCAGUUGCAGCAACAAUUACUGCAUCAGCAUUCACAGCAACAAUUUGUUUUAUCUGAAAUUACUCAAAAUCUAACUCUAAGAGGAACCAAAUAUUGCGAAGGAGCAAUAGCUGGAAUUAUGCAUGCAAUGGGAGGUUUUAAAUUAACAUCAGAUAGUACCCAAACUCAUAAUAUUCCAAUGUAUGAUCCUGUAGCUGUUGGUCAAGCUCUCUUACAGCAGCAGCUUCAGCAGCAGCAACAUUUGGCACAGCAUCAGCAGUUAACUCAAGCAAUGCAGGAAGAAACAAAAAGGCAACAGCAGCCGCAGCAUUAUGAAAAAAAUAUUAAACUUUUGAAAGGGAAAACUAGCAAACUUCAACAGCAGUUGUUAAAUACAAGUCAGCCAUCUCUAAUAUCUCAACAAGCAACUCAACAGGCAGUCAAACAACAGCUUGCUUCCUCUUGUGGUGAAACUUGCACUUUGGUUGGAAACAUUCCCAUUGAUGGAACAGGUGUUUUAACACUUAGUGGAAUGGCAUCUCCUGCUUUUCCUGUAUCAAUAGCUGUUUCACCUGUAUCCUUAUCAUCUCCAGUGUCAAUAGCUACAAGUUGUGGAGCUUCAUUUACCCAUAAUUUAUCAUUAGAUGAAGGGCUAAUGGUUGCUGCUCCUGCAAGGACCCUCCAUGAAACUUUAGGGGAUAUCAUGUCUGGACCAACAACACAGCUAGCUGGCACCCAUAUGAAUUUAAUGCAACAGGCAGCCCAUUGCACGGAAGCUUGUUUGAAUAUGUCUGCACCUGGAGGAAAAAGUAGGAGUUUAUCAAUGUCAUCACUGCCUGGAGUUAGUGCUUCAACAGCAACAUUGCCUUUAACUUUUCAUACCUUAGCUCCAUCUCUAACGCCUUGUGUUCCUGUUCAAGUUUCAGCCAGUAGUGAUUGUAUUUCUCACCAUUUGCCUCAUUUAGCACAUACUACUGCAGCUCCUUCCACUCCUGCACCCCCUUUAUAUCCACCUCUUGAUCUAAACUCCCAGACUGAUAGUAAUCAUGACACAGCCCUUACUCUUGCUGCUGCUGGGGGACAUGAAGAAUUAGUUAGCCUGUUGUUGUCUAGAGGAGCAGACAUCGAGCAUCGAGACAAAAAGGGUUUCACACCAUUAAUGCUUGCUGCCAGUGCUGGCCAUGCUGGUGUUGUUGAAAUCCUUUUGAAUAAUGCUGCAGAAAUAGAAGCACAAUCUGAAAGAACAAAAGAUACAGCACUCUCCUUAGCUGCCACUGGUGGAAGAUAUGAAGUUGUUGAAAUUCUUCUGACUCGUGGGGCAAACAAAGAACAUAGGAAUCUGUCUGAUUAUACACCUCUAAGUCUAGCUGCCUCUGGGGGAUAUGUUAAUAUUAUCAAGCUUCUCUUAAACCAUGGAGCUGAAAUAAAUGCUAGGUGCCGAAAUUGUCUGUUUUGCAGAACUGGAAGCAAACUUGGUAUCUCGCCCCUUAUGUUAGCUGCCAUGAAUGGUCACACCCAAGCAGUGAAAUUAUUAUUGGACAUGGGUAGUGAUAUAAAUGCACAAAUUGAAACUAAUCGAAACACAGCUCUUACAUUAGCCUGCUUCCAGGGGCGACAGGAUGUUGUGAGUCUUUUACUUGAUCGCAAAGCAAAUGUAGAACAUCGUGCUAAGACUGGUUUAACGCCAUUAAUGGAGGCCGCAUCUGGAGGCUUUGUUGAAGUUGGGAAAGUGCUUAUUGAUAAAGGAGCUGACGUGAAUGCCCCACCUGUGCCUUCCUCACGUGACACAGCUCUCACCAUUGCUGCUGAUAAGGGACACCACCGAUUUGUUCAAUUACUCCUCCAGAGGGAUGCAAUCGUUGAUGUUAAGAACAAGAAAGGAAAUUCUCCCUUAUGGCUAGCUGCUAAUGGUGGACAUCUGGAUGUUGUACAGCUAUUGUGCAAUCAUAAAGCAGAUAUUGACAGUCAGGACAAUAGGAAAGUCUCUUGCUUAAUGGCUGCAUUUAGAAAAGGGCAUGUAAAAGUAGUGAAGUGGAUGGUUAAGCAUGUUACACAGUUUCCUUCUGAUAUGGAAAUGACACGCUAUAUGAGCACAGUUACAGACAAGGACUUGUUAAAGAAAUGCAACACAUGUAUGGAUGCGAUUAGGGUUGCAAAAGAUCGACAAGCUGCUGAAGCUUAUAAGAAUGCUAAUAUAUUGCUGGAGGAGUUGGAUUUAGAAAAGUGUCGAGAAGAAAGCCGUAAAGCAGCAGCUGCUCGGCGCAGAGAACGCAAAAGAAGAAAAAAAAGAGAGAAACAAGAACAGCUAAGAGCAGCCAAAGCUGCUGCUGAAGAAUCAAAAAAAGCUGAAAAAAACGACAACCAGCAAUUAGCCAAACAGCAGCCAAUGCAUCAAAGUGAUCAAUCGGAAGUUGAGGAUGAUGAUGAGGAAGAGGAAGAGGAAGAUGAGGAAGAAGAAGAGAAAGAUGAUGAUGAAAAUUUAUUGCCUUCUGAAUGUAGUUCCCCAAAUGACACUAAUUCAAGGUUGCCCACUACAAAUAGCAGUCCUAGCAAAAAUAAGCCAUCACCUAGCAAUAGCCCUUCAAAUAACGAAGUUAAAUGCAAAGAAAUAUAUACGUAUGAUCAGGAAACCAAUCAGUCCCCUUCAAAUCAAAAAUCCAAUGAGCCGUCUCAAUCCGAAAAGCGCCGUGAUCGUGAGAAAUCAAAAACUCAGGAAAAAAACAAGAGAAACAUGAUUAACAAGGGACAAUCCUCAGAAAAUAAUAGGAGCUGUAAUGAAAUCAUGGUGGCUGAGAAACAUGCCUCAAAAGUUUCGGAGUCAGUGACUGUGAUAAAUACUUCUACUGUCAGUAAUUGUAAUAGGAACAACAAAAAGCGGAAUCAGAAGCAUGAGGUCACCAUGAACUGUUCUACAAUUGUCACUACCCCUUCAUCCACUAACUUGAAAAAUAUCUCAACUCUUACUUCUGCUAGUGUAUGUCCAGUAGCAGAAAUUAAAAGCCAGAACAUGGUCCAUAAGCAUUAUAAACCCAAAGAACUUUUAGUGAAUGGUAUCAGUGGGAACAGUGUCACUGAUUAUGAUGAUUUUUGUGCCCUAUUUACCCAGAAUUCGAAUAUCCGAGGGAAAAGCAAAAGUUCAGUUGAAAAACUAAGCUUAGAGAGUUUUGGGGAAAUGCCUCUUGAUCUUCCAACAGAAGUUGCUCUUUCAUCUGGUCUCAGGAGCCCAUCAGCUACAAAUUUGCCACAUAGUUUAAAAUCUUCACUGACAAACAGUGCAUCACCUAAAAAGUGGCAAAAAAGAGACGAAGGGUGGAAAGAAGUUGUUAGAAGUAAACUGUUUAACAGGUCAAAGAAGGUAUCAGUUCCUGCAAACGCCAUUAGUCGUGUCAUAGGUCGAGGAGGAAUGAAUAUAAAUGCCAUUAGAGAGGCAUCCGGUGCUCACAUUGAAGUUGAAAAACAGAAGGGUCAAGGGGAAAGGACAGUGAUAAUUAGAGGUUCAGCUGAAGCAACUCGCCUAGCUCAGCAACUAAUAACAGCCUUGAUAAAAGAACCAGAAAAGGAAUUAUCUGAAAUACUUUCAAGGUACGGUUUGGGUCAUAUUAAUUCCUCAGUAACUUUUCCUGAAAGUUUCAAGACAUCUAGCAUCAGCAUUAAUCCGUCUCUCUCUACUUCUGCUCAGGUAUCUUCUUUUUCCAGCCAAAACAAAAACUUAAUAAAGCAACAAGUAGUAACAAAGACCUCAGGGAAUGCUACUACAGUCACUAAAACAACUUCCAUUCCACCUCCUAGUUUGCCUGCAAAUGCUACACCUCCAUUUACAAAUCAAAUCCGCUCUGUGUUAUCUAGCUCACAAAAUAUUAGGCCUGGUAUUCCAGUUUGUAACUCUGCUACACCUCCAUUUCUUAAUAAUGCACAAAAUGCAUGGACAGGGGUAGUUGUAACAGGGAAAGUUCCUGUAAAUGUUCCUCGCCCAACUGUGCCCAUGUGCACCUCAUCUGCAUCUUUAAAUGUAGCUACUGUAUCUGCAAGAGUAGUAACAACAACUAGCAUUGAAAAAAGUCCUGUUGUUAGAGAACUUUUUCCUCAAGAUAAGAACACUUCCUCACAACCAGGCAGUACUACAGCUACGAAAACCACCGUUUCUUAUACAAUGGCUGUUAUUGCCCAGGGAAAGGCCCCUAAAACUGUUCCAGCAAAUAUAGUUUCAGUAACAACAAAAGUAACUACUACAUCUGAUACAAAAGUUUCUACAAUUUCACCAGUUUCUAUUGAAAGAGCUGGUAGUGCACCUCCUUCAUCUACUGUUAUCCAUCCACAAAUGACGCUAGGGCACAAUACUUGUUCUGGCCCAUCACCUGUUCAGCCAUUUGCAACUAACCACUCUCCAAAAAUUUCAAAUGGUACUAUUAUGACUCAACAAGGCGUUAAUACUCAGGCACGAGUUCAUUCGACACAGGCACCAGUUCAGUCUAAACCUUUUGUCAAUUCAACAGUAUCUGUAAGCCAGGCAGUUUCUACGAGUAACCCUCCAUCCACAUCACCUACAUGCUCACAUACAGUAACAACUGCACAACCUGGUAUAGCGCAAGACUAUUCUCCUUUUGAUAAUAUUUUUGCCCAAGUUGCUCAGAGUGUUUGGGGUCAGAAAGAUAAAGAGGCAUCCAAACCAAAUUUUGCAAGUGUUGCAGCCUCUGGUGUUACAUCAGUAGCUUCUCAAGUUCAAAAUUCAAAUCCUGUGCAAAGCACACUUACUCUUUCUCUUCCUCAAAAUUCUGAGCCUGAUUUGAUUGUCGAUGCUGCUAAAGCUCCAGGAUAUCGAGGGAAUCUUCAUAUUUCACCUAGUGCCUCCUCUAAUUCCUCAGCUUCCUCUAAUCCUCCUCAGAUAGGUAUUUCACACAACUCAAAUUUUGGGCCCAUUGGUAGUGGACCUCGUAGUGCUCCUUGUACUCCACCACUAGGUCCCAUAGGGUCUCUUUCCUCAGUAGCCUCUAGCAAUCGGCGUUCAACACCACCUGUUGUGCCAAGCCCACCUCCUCCGUCACCUCACCUUUCCCGGUCCCUACCAGAAACACAGAGUAUUGCAAUAAAUGAAUUACCCCGGUCCAUGCCAGGAGGAUGUUCUGGACUUCCUCCACCUCCUCAUAUGUCAGUCCAGAUGUCUGAGGCAAUAUACCAUCAUCAAGGCUUAGGAAUGUCUUCCCACCCCAGUCGUCUGCAGUCAUAUCCAAUGGCUUCAACUUUAGCAAGCCCAGGUGGAACGAAUACAACUUUCAGUCAGCACAGCCCACUUUCUUCAGUUGGUACGAUUCUACCGGAAGGGAUAAGUAAUGGUCCUAUUCAAGUUGUGCAAAGCAAUCUUAAUCCUAAUGCCCCGGACUUUUCUAGUCGAGCUUCAUUAUUAAUGGCUCAACAUGGACCACCUAUGCAUCACUUACCACGGCUGCCUUCUGGUCCUAAUGCUUUUCAAGAAACCACAGUUCCAGCUCAUCUUGCUCAGUUCAGGCCUAUCCUUGCCUCUGGUGGUGGUAUAAAUCACAGUUUUCCUCUUCACCCCAUGGCAAAUGCCCAAGCAGCCAUGAACCGCUUUCCUUUCCACCAUGUUCCAAAUCAUCAGCAACAAACGGACUAUAAUCCAAAUGGAAAUGCUGCUAUGGGCCCUGUAGUCAGUGGUCUAUCACAAGGAGCAGAUGCAAUGCCUUUACUAAGCAUGGUAGGAUACCAUCCAUCGGCUAUGGUACCUGGCAAUGGAAAUAUUACUCACCCGUACCCUGGAGUGCAUACACUAAUGAGUGUCAGGCCAAAUCAAAGAUCUGCAAGCACGACUCCUUCAGUUGGAACAUCUUCUAAAGAUGAAGGGUCACCCAUGGCAGCUAUGUCUCCCAAUGCUUCACCUCAAGGAAGCAAUUUACCUUCACCCACUGGUAUGAAUCUUCAAGAAAAUCCAAAUCCAGCUGGCACAAUCGGUGAGGAUCGAAAACUACCAAGGCCUAUUGGUAUGGAGCGAGCUCAACGAAAAAAUCCUAUGUUUGGAGGUGUGUCAGAUGUUGGUGGGAUCUGGUCCUUUACUUCAUCAGGCAGAUCUGAUAUUCCAGUAACGGGAGACUGGAUACACAAUAUGCAGGGUACCAUUCCUCAAAUGCAGCAAGAUGAUGCUGGAAUGACUAAUAUACAGAAUUACAAUGGAAGAUUUGCUGAUAUGUUGGCUAUGGAAAAUAGUCAUCAUCUAGAUCAGGCAUUUCAGGCUGUUGCUGGCAGUACCUUUCCCUACAUGAAUGGUAUGCCUACACAUAUAAUGCCACCUCAUUUCUAUCAAAACAAUGCUGCAGGACCUGGCCCGGUGGAAAAUCAGAUUGAAAUGUGGGGGAUGCAUCCAAAAGUGCCACUCUCUUCCGGUGGUGAUGUUCUACCACAAAAUGUAGAACACAACAAAAUGGCGUGGCAGAAUUGGAGCUCUCAUCAGGCCUGAUGUCGUAUUUAUCUUUUUUAUCCCUUCCCUGUUACUCAGAAAAUUUCUUGCCCUGUAGAAAGAAAAAUACAAAUCAUGGCUUAUACUUUUGCUCUAAAAGAGGAGGUUUGCAGCUGCUUUUGGACUUUGUACCAAGAGACUUCAUUAUUUGUUUAGUACUAUGCAAACAAACUGGUGGUUAGAGGAGACUGGAAUAAUUGUAAUAUGUUUGUUCACUGAGAUUGGGUGACUUGUAUACAGAAAGAAAAUAAUUCAAAAAUAUGACUUAAAGAUUUUUCAGUUUGCAUGGAAAUCUGGAAAAUCAUGCACUGUGAGAAUGUAAUUGUAAGAUGAAUAAUUGUAUUGGAAAAUUUCAUGUAUAAGUAAAAAGUUUCCUACCUGCA